AACCAGUUCUUUUAUUUUUGGACGGAGAUAGUAGGAACAAAAUAAAAUAAAUGAAUAAAUGAAAAAGGAAAAAAAUCAUAACUUUCCUCCGUUAUAUUCACCAGAAUCAAUUCAACCCCCAUAAAGAAGCACCACUCUCUCUCUCUCUCUCUAUAAUGUGUCUCAUGCGUUUCUCCGAAAACAAAACCUUUUAACUGUUUCUUCUUUCCUUAAUUUCUUCGCCGAUAUUCCUCAAAUCACCAAACACAAAAGCAAUGUCAUCGCCGGGAUUCAAUGCCGGUGGUAAUGGAUCGUCGGAAUAUUUCUCCGGCAGAUCAACAAACACCAUCAACAACCUCACAACCACCAAUAAUCUCCAUCAUAAUCUCUCUCUCUACCGAACCCAACAACAACAACAACCACUUCCUCCAAUUUUUCUAGAUCCUUCUUCACAGAUCCCUCAACAACGCUUCAUCGGAAAACGCACCUUAGCUGAAUUUCAAACACAACAAAACCAAACCUACAACAUCAACAACAACAAUCUUAACCUUAACAACAACAAUCACAAUAACCAUGUUCUCUCAAAUCUUUUACUUCGUUCUGUAAAACCAAGAACAACAACAACAAAUUUUCAGUUUCAAAACAAUUCUCCUUCAUCUUUUUCACUUCCUGAAUUACAACAAAACCCUUUUAACAACAUCUACCAAACGCACCGUUUAGGUGUUCCUUUACAAAUGAACCCAAAUUUUCAUCACUACAGAACCACCUCGAAUUUAACUCAAGUAAUAAACCGGGUUCAAAAUCAAAAUCAAACCGUUGAACCGGUAGAAGAAAAAAAGAUCAACAGCGAUCACACGCUUCUUCAAGAAUUAGAAAAACAGCUUCUAGAAGAUAACGACGAUGAUGGUGAAGCUUCUGUUAUAACAACAAGUGAAUGGUCAGAGACAUAUCAGAAUCUAAUUGGGCCUGGUACCGGGCCUUGUAAUGGGCCUGGGCCUAUUCAGGCCCAAAAACAGGUUUCUUCAUCGCCUACUUCGUCUACCACGUCAUCAACUUCUUCUUCAGCUGCUUCACCUGCUUCUGUUUGUUCCAAACAAACGCUAAUUGAAGCUGCAAACGCUAUUUCAGAAGGUAAAAACGACGUCGCUUUAGAGAUCUUAACACGUUUAGUUCAGAAUUUGAAUCCGAAUUUGAUGAAUUCGGAUCAACGGUUAACUAAUUGCAUGGUUUCGGCUUUGAAAUCGAGGUUGAAUCCGGUUGAAAAUCCACCGGUUGUUGCGGAAUUGUUCAGUAGAGGACAUGCUGAGUCGACUCAGUUGUUGCUUGAAAACUCGGAUUGUUUCAAGGUUAGUUUCAUGGCUGCGAAUCUCGUAAUAAUGGAAGCAGCAUUUGAAGAAAACGGUAACGGAAAAGGUUUCUGUGUGGUGGAUUUUGAAAUUGGUCAGGGGAAACAAUACGUUAAUCUUCUUCACGCGCUUAAAGCGCGUGAGGUUUCGGUUUCUACUGCAUCGGGUUUCACGUUGAAGGUAGUUGCUGUGGCGGAGAACGGCGGCGACGAGAGAGUUAAAGCGGUGGGUGAAAUGUUGAGUCGUCAAGCGGAGAAGUUAAAAAUCGGUUUCGAAUUUCGUAUUGCAACCGUUUCUCAGAGAAAAAUGAACGAGUUGACUCGUGAGUUAUUAGGUUGUGACUCGGAAGAAACGCUUAUUGUGAAUUUCGCGUUUAAGCUGAAUCGAAUUCCAGAUGAAAGCGUUUCAACCGAGAAUCCACGCGACGAGCUUUUGAGGCGCGUGAAGAAACUCGCGCCGCGAGUGGUUACAAUUGUGGAGCAAGAAAUGAAUUGUAAUACGGCGCCGUUUUUGGCACGAGUUGCUGAGUCAUGGUCUUAUUAUUCUGCCUUGUAUGAUUCUGUUGAGUCUGAUUUAGGAAAAGAUAACUCGGACCGAGUCAAGAUUGAAGAAGGACUGAGUCGGAAAUUAUGUAAUUCGGUGGCUUGUGAAGGUAGGGAUCGGGUUGAACGGGGUGAGGUUUUUGGAAAAUGGCGCGCAAGGAUGAGUAUGGCGGGGUUUAUGUUGAAACCAAUGAGUCAAAACGUUGUUGAGUCGAUAAAAUCGCGACUCGCUGUGAGUAAUAACAACCGAGUUAACACGGGACUCAGUGUGAAAGAAGAGAACGGUGGGAUUUGCUUUGGUUGGAUGGGAAGAACACUCACCGUUGCUUCUGCUUGGCGUUAACUUCUCUUACUUUUUUAUUCUUUGUUUUAUUAUAUUUUUUUAAUUUGGUUCCAUGAAUAUUAAUAUAUUAUUAUAUUGUUACUAUAUUGUAACGUUAUCGAGA